ACAGACCAUCCUUCCCUGGUCCUGAAGGUUCAAAGAAUUGCUGUUGGGUUUUAAAGCGCCUCCGGCCAGCUGGGCUUGCAGACUGGGCCAGCACAGCACCCGGAGGAAGAGGCAGCGAGGGCGGCGAGGGCACCUCCCCCCAGGAACCAAAUGCCAACUCUGGUCAGCCCUUUGGGUUUCAUCCCAAGGCCCCUCCGUGAGCCUCUGCCCCAUCCCGUCACCGCCACCUCAGGCCUGCUUUUGCUGACUUGUGGGACCUCAGUUCAUCACUCAGAACUUGGGAGAAAUCCUGAAGAUGGCCAAAGACGACUCCACCAUUCGUUGCUUUCAGGGCCUGCUGAUUUUUGGAAAUGUGAUUUUUGGUAUGUGUGGCAUCGCACUGACCGCCGAGUGCAUCUUCUUUGUAUCCGACCAACACAGCCUCUACCCACUGCUUGAAGCCACUGACAACGAUGACAUCUACGGGGCAGCCUGGAUCGGCAUGUUCGUUGGCAUCUGCCUCUUCUGCCUGUCCGUGCUGGGCAUCGUAGGCAUCGCAAAGUCUAGCAGGAAACUUCUCCUAGCGUAUUUCAUUAUGAUGUUUAUCGUCUAUGGCUUUGAAGUGGCAUCUUGUAUCACAGCAGCAACACAACGCGACUUUUUCACACCAAACCUCUUCCUGAAGCAGAUGCUGGAGAGGUACCAAAACAACAGCCCUCCAAACAACGAUGACCAGUGGAAAAACAAAGGAGUCACCCGAACCUGGGACAGGCUUAUGCUCCAGGAUGGUUGCUGUGGUGUGAACGGCCCAUCAGACUGGCAGAAAUACACAUCUGCCUUCCGGACGGAGAAUAACGAUGCGGACUAUCCCUGGCCUCGCCAGUGCUGUGUCAUGAACAAGCUGAAAGAACCUCUCAACGUGGAUGCCUGCAAACUAGGCGUGCCUGGUUAUUAUCACAGCCAGGGCUGCUAUGAACUAAUCUCUGGACCAAUGAACCGACAUGCCUGGGGGGUUGCCUGGUUUGGAUUUGCCAUUCUCUGCUGGACUUUUUGGGUUCUUCUGGGUACCAUGUUCUACUGGAGCAGGAUUGAAUAUUAAGAAUACAGUGUCACCACAGUCCCACCUCUCCCACGGACUCUGGAUUCGGUGCUGGAACUGUACUCUCUCCUAAUAUUCCAUGUGUGCCCACAGGAACCUGUGUUCUCCCUCAAGCUGCUGAGUCAGUGGGUACGGAGUCCUUUAGGCUCUCUGGCUCCUGGAAUUCUUUCCACCUGCAUUUUCACCCUAGGAUUCUGCAACAUUUUUAUGGACUGAAAGAGAGGGAGGAUUUGGAAAGUAGGUAAUAAUGUCUCUCAUCCCUGUUUAGUUUUCAUUUGGGGGUGUAAAGACAUUCACAGGAACCUGUGCUAUCCCAGCCAGCCAAGUCCGUGUGUAGACAGCAAAUCUGCCUGUAUUUCUCCCUGCUUUCUA